AUGCGCUUCUACUCAGCCAUUGUCGCAGCGCUUGCUGUAGCUCAAGGCGUCUCCGCUGUCGAUGUACAGAAGUCCGUGAUCGUCAGCUUCCCCAUGGACACCACAGACGAUAUUCUUAACCGCGCCAAGGAUGAUAUCCGGAAGGCGGGGGGUAUGAUCACUCACGAGUAUAAACUUAUCAAAGCCUUCGCCGCGAACGCACCGCAAAAGAUCAUCGAGACAGUAACAGCGUGGAGCGCAGAGUAUCAGGGCACCAUCGAAGAAGACCAGACAGUCCGAAUCCUUAGCAGCAACGACAAGUAA